CGGUUACAGAGCACAGUUGAACAGCGGCAUUCGGAGCGUACGGAUCAUAAAAAAUCUAGUUUGGCGGAAGCGGCAAUUCUUCUUUAAAUAAUUUCAAUUCAAUUCUCCCUCACUUCUCAUUUCUUAUAACACCCCAAAAAUUUAGACAUUUUGAAUAUAAUACCAACAACAAAAAACUAAAAAAAAAACAGCAGAAACCAAAGAACUUCUCAUCCAUACAUUGUGUAUGUAUCCAGUGGAGGUAACGCGGCGACGAGACACACAAACGUUGUUACAUCCAUAGAACAAAAGAAAACCAACAACAAAAAGCAAAAACAAAUUUCGUAUUUGUGCAAUUUUACGACGACGACAACAACAAAGUACUCACCAACCCACCAACCAACCAGGAGGUAGGUGUGUGUUCUUUCUUUGAGAUUUGUGGCAGAAAUAGUCCAGGCGGUGGCAAAAUUAUCCAAUCCGGUUCUGUUUCCUGUCCAGCGACUUCUCUGCGUGAAAUAUCAGCUCAGAAGUGAAGCAAAACAUUUUGGGUGUUAAGUUGUAACCGAUUUUUGGAAAUUUUCUUGAGGCCAAAUUUUGACUCCUUUGUGAGUUAGUUAAAUCAUUAAAAGUGGAAUCCCCAAAGGCAGAAAACUCUUCGGACGCUCAAACAGCAGCCAACAACUCAGGGUCGGCUGAAUCUCCCGUCCAGGCGACAACACCGAAAACGGCGAAUAAGACUACAGCUGCUGCCGGCGGCAACAACCGAAGACCAAAAAUGGCUGACAACUGCGUCAAGUGCAAAAAGGUCAUCAACGCCAAGGAGGGCAUUACCUGUGCCUGUCAAAAGAAGUUUCAUCGCAGCUGUGUGAACAUCGAUGAAGCCCUGUAUGAGGCCAUACAAAAGAACCCCAUGAUCGUGUUCAGCUGCGAUGAUUGUCGCCAGCAAUCACCAAAAGCCAUGGCCACCAAAUUGCAGGCCAUGGAGGAUAAGCUGAACAAGCUGGUGAAUGGGGUCAACCAGAUACAGGGUCGCAUGUAUCAGCAAUACUUUCAAAUGGGACCGAACACCAACAAUGCCAACGAUGUAAAGAAACAGACCAACAGUCUGAUUGUGGUGGGCAACAACUGCAAUUCGGAUCGUUUGCAGGUGGUCUGUGACUAUGGCCGUUGGGUGCAGGUGGGUAAAUUUGCCACCUCCACCACUGAGGACGACAUCAUUGAGCACUUGGCCGAGGAGCUGAAAAUGAACAAGAAUUUGGUGAAAUGUACCAAAUUGGUGAAAAACGAUGCCAAUUUAGCUGCCUUGUCCUAUUGUAAGUUCAAAAUUUCCAUACCCGAUUAUCGCUUCAAUGAACUGUUCAACGAGGCAAUUUGGCCGAGUGGUGUGAUGGUUUCACCAUUUACACCACGUUCCCAAUUAAAUCAAAAUCGCAUUUAAGGGAAAUC